AUGUCCGCGACAAAGGAGUUCACCAUGCAGGAUGUUGCCGAGCACAACACCUCCAGCGACAUCUACAUGGUCGUCCACGACAAGGUCUACGACUGCAGCAAGUUCCUCGACGAGCAUCCCGGUGGUGAGGAAGUCAUGCUCGACGUUGCCGGCCAGGACGCCACCGAGGCUUUCGAGGACGUCGGCCAUAGCGACGAGGCCCGAGAGGUUCUCGAUGGUCUCCUUGUGGGUGAGCUGAAGCGUCUGCCUGGUGAUUCCGGCCCCAAGCGCCAGAUCGCCAACUCGAACCAGGGCAGCGGCAAGUCUGACCCUGCCGGUGGUAGCUUGAUCUCAUACGCUCUCGUUGUCGCCGUUGGUUUCGGUGCCUACAUGGGCUACAACUACCUCCAGAAGCAGAACGAGGCUCAAGGUGCCUCCGCAUAA